AUGCUGCUGAUUGCCGCUCUCUUUACAAGUUAUAUCCUGCAGCAAAAGAGAAUUCAGGCUGUCCAUGAAACUGUCAUCUCCAUAUUCGCCGGCAUGAUCGUAGGGCUGGUCAUACGACUGUCGCCAGGAACUGCAAUCCAAGAUACCGUCAGCUUCGACUACCAAUUCUUCUUUAAUCUCCUCCUACCCCCUAUCAUCCUCGCCUCGGGCUACGAGUUGCACCAGGCAAACUUCUUUCGAAAUAUCGGAACCAUUCUUACUUUUGCGUUCGCCGGCACUUUUAUCUCCGCCGUUUCGCUUGGCCUGAUUCUCUGGCUGUGGACGAGAAUUCCUUUCGAUGGGCUCACAAUCACCUGGGUCGAGGCCAUCUCCGUGGGUGCCACCCUUUCAGCAACCGACCCAGUCACUAUUCUAGCCAUCUUCAAUCUCUACAAGGUCGAGCCAAAACUCUAUACCAUCAUCUUUGGUGAAUCCAUCCUAAACGACGCCAUUGCCAUCGUCCUGUUCGAGACCGCCCAGCGAUAUAAAGACGGAGGGGCAGCCGGAAAUCUAGGCAUUGUCAGCUUGUUCGAGGCCAUCGGUUUCUUCUUGCUGGUCUUUUUUACCAGCCUUCUUAUCGGUGUCGUUGUUGGGGUCGGAACUGCCCUCAUUCUGAAGUACACCCUAAUACGACGCUUCCCAAAGAUUGAGAGUUGUCUGGUGAUCUUGAUCGCAUACGCUUGCUACUUUUUCUCAAAUGGCGUGCACAUGUCUGGAAUUGUCUCUCUACUAUUCUGUGGAAUCACUCUCAAACACUAUGCAUAUUACAACAUGUCCAGAAGAACACAACUCACCACCAAAUUCAUCUUCCAAAUCCUGGCACAGCUCUCCGAAAAUUUCAUCUUCAUCUACCUUGGCCUCACCUUAUUUACCGAGACUGAUCUAGUCUUCAAACCCCUGUUCAUUCUAGUUACCGUGGUCGGCAUAUGUGCAGCUAGAUGGCUCGCCGUGUUCCCGCUUUCCAAAGCUAUUAAUUACAUCAUCAGACUUCGAGCUAAGCGUCGAGGUCACGAUGUUGCCGAAGAGCUUCCUUGGCACUAUCAAGCCAUGUUAUUCUGGGCCGGUCUUCGUGGUGCUGUUGGUGUGGCUCUGGCCGCUGGUUUGCAGGGUAACGAGGGUCCAGCCCUCCGUGCCACCGUCCUCGUUGUUGUCGUGUUGACAGUCAUCAUCUUUGGUGGUACCACAGCCCGUAUGCUUGAAAUCCUUGGCAUCCGUACCGGUGUGGUGGAGGAAAUCGAUUCUGACGAUGAAUUCGAUAUUGAAACCGCCAAUGGCGGUACUUAUUAUAAACGGUCUGGUACAGGAUUCGGCCACAAUCCACGUCCCUCGAAUAUCGGCCUGGACUAUGUGGGAGCCAACAGAGGCGGUGCAAAUGGAUCUGCAGGAGGAGGAAAGUACACCAGAGGGGAUAGGGGUUACAGCAGUAGUAAUGGCCGUUCACCUCCUCUCGGGAAGGGAAGAACAACCAGCCAUCGCAAAAACUCCACUAUCAGCCAGCGCGAGCGUGAGGCUGUUGCACAACAUGGUCAGCUCCUUUCUAGCAGUGGGAGUGGAUCACCUUCGGACGAUGAAUCCGACGCAGUGGAGCUUGAUCUUCCUCCAGCGGCGCCACGCAGGAACCUUUCGCCAUUGUCAGGUGGUGUGCACACAGGCCCUGGGUCUCUAGAUAACAGGACGCAAUCGGCACCUAAUCUCCUGCCCGAUGACUUGAACGGAAACGGCAGCAGCGAUGGCGAUAUGGGUGCGGCAGCAUCAGGCACGGGAAGCACAGGUGUAGCUAGCCACACGGGGCGAAUCAGAGACUUGCUCCGUGGAGCGACGGCAGACCACACUGCAUGGUUCAAGCAACUCGAUGAGGAUUUCAUCAAGCCUCAUCUUCUGCUCGAUCAGCAUCAAGGACAAGGCAAGGGACCACCUCCUGUAUGA